CUCCUGCAGCGGCCACCCUGAAAACAUCGGCAACCGCACCUCCUCCCUCCCAAAAAGAAGGGUUUUCUUUUUUAGAAGAAUUGUGUUUCGCGAGAAGCAUCUUAAACCUUGCUGAGCCGUUUUGACUAAUGCAGACGCAAGCCAUCAUCCCGACAUGUGGCCGACCGGAGAGUUCUCUGACCGGAAAGAAGGCACGCACAGUAGUCUACAACACCAUCCUUGCAGUGUAGUCUAGUGUGAAUAUGGCGGGUCGAUGGUCAGGCUGGGAGUUGUCGCACAACGUCGCGGAGCUCCCCGGGGCAGCGACCCUAAAAGAAACCCAACUCGGAACGGCCGCUCUAGGUUCUGCCACCGUGGGAGCUCGUUUGCAUCCGGAAGUGCAAGGAGAGUGGUGCUCUAACCUUUUUGUUACUCUUCGUUCGUUACCAGUUGUUUGCAUCACGUGCCCAGUGAGAGCGACCUCUUCGAAUCCCAGCCAAUCAAGAGGUGCUCUGGCUUCGACCGCGGCCCUUAUUGGCCAUUGUCGUCACGUAAGCCGAACGAGGCCGGAGUCGGCCGAGUUUUCUCCUCCGGCCUCCUCUUCUUCUUCCUCUGGCGGAGGUGGCCGAGAUGGAGCCAGAGGAGGGGCGGGAGCGCCUCAGGUUGCACUUGGUCACCUGGAAUGUGGGUACAGCUUCUCCCCCUCCUGAGGUCACCUCAUUACUCCAGCUGAACUGGCAAGGCCAGGCAAUGGACAUAUAUAUCAUUGGUUUACAGGAGGUGAACUCCAGGAUUGUGAAUUUCCUGUCUGACUUAGCUUUUGAUGAUCCUUGGAGUAUUUUCUUCAUGACGGUUCUUUCUCCUCUGGGCUACAUCAAGGUAUCUUCCAUCCGCAUGCAGGGCCUCCUCCUCCUGAUAUUUGCAAAGCAGGCCCACCUCCCCUUUCUACGGGACAUUCAAAGCCAGUUCACUCGAACAGGCCUCUAUGGAUAUUGGGGAAACAAGGGGGGCAUCGCUGUGCGCAUGUCUGUCUAUGGGCACACAAUCUGUUUCCUGAAUUGCCACUUGCCAGCCCACAUGGAGAAUGCAGAGCAACGGCUGGAUGACUUUGAGCGCAUCCUGGAGAUGCAGCAGUUUGAAGGGGAGAAGAUCUCCAAUGCCCUGGACCAUGACAUUCUCUUCUGGUUUGGUGAUUUGAACUUCCGGAUCGAAGAUUAUGGUCUGCAUUUCAUUCGAGAGUCAAUAAAUAACAGCCGAUUCAGUCUCUUGUGGGAAAAGGACCAGCUUAACAUGGCUAAGAAGAAGGAACCCUUUCUUCAGGAAUUCAUGGAGGGGCCCCUGAAGUUCAAACCCACUUACAAGUUUGACCUGUACUCUAAUGACUAUGACACCAGUGGGAAGAAGCGGAAGCCUGCAUGGACAGAUCGGAUCCUCUGGAGGGUGAAGCCCCUCUUGCACCCAGCCUCUGAAGCAGGAGAGACGCCUAAAGAGCAGGCCGUUUGUGUGUCCCAGCACAGCUACAUCAGCCACAUGACUUAUGGCAUCAGCGACCACAAACCUGUCACAGGGACCUUUGAACUUGAGAUGGAGCCUCUGGUGUCUGCCCCACUAGUCCUGCUACAUCCUGUGGGCCACUGGAGUGCUGAACAAGAUGCCACCGUCAGCUACUCCACGGCUCCUGAAUUUCCAAGCAGUGCCUGGGACUGGAUUGGUCUCUACGAGGUGACAUUCAGGCAUGCAAAUGACUAUGUGAUGUACGCUUGGGUGCAGGACAAUGAAAUUUCCUCUGAGGAGGAUGCAAAGCAGGUUUAUCUCAGUGCAGAGGAGCUGCCGGCAGCUGGAGGAGAGUUUCUUCUGGGUUAUUAUAGCAGCACAAUGCAAUCUAUAGUUGGCAUCAGCCUGCCCUUCGAGGUCCGGCCAAGCAGAACGUUGGCUGAGAAGGAUCUGACGUGGGAUGGAGUCAGCGAGACGGAAAAGCUUUGUGAUGACAAACCUCCGUGUGACUUUUGAAAUGUGCAUGUUGUGAGGAGGGUCCCCUUUCCUCUGCUUUAGGAACAUGCCUUUCUUUCUGAAGAAAGGAGGCUGGAUGCACACAUAGUCAUGUGAGUUUGAGCAGUUCCCACCAUCGGUUCUUAGGAAAUAGUUUUAUCUCUGUCCCAGGAGGUUACUCUUGCCCUGGACUUGCACUGCAUCAAGGCUGUGUCUACCUUCAGAAACAAGGACCUUGACUAAUCACAGCUUUCCUGAGAGGAUCUUCUGGCAUCCUCCUUCCAGUGGCUUAGCACUGGGCAGAGGGCAGAGUUUAUUCCUGAGGACUGCUGCUGCUUCCUUAUUUUUCUAGGGGAUAUUUUAGGAACCAGGCAGUACAUUGCAAUAUUAAAUAGUCAAUAAUUUGUUUUUGGUUUUUUUAAACCAGCAUUCCAGGAUUCAGCUCCCAAUUCUUAUGAAAUGCACUUAGAGUUUAUUUGGGAGCUGAGAUGCAUUUUAUAUUAUAGCUGAAGAGAAAAUGCAGCCAGCUGUUACAUCUUGGUUGAUUGGAAAUGGACGGUUGAAGGGAGGGAGGAAUUUGCACAGCUCAUGGCUUCUGUUACCUUCUACUUCCUGCCCCACACUGUGGUAGUUUUAAUCUCCUUCAAAGAUCUCAGUGCUUGAAAUUUGGGAGGUAACCAUACAUCCAACAAACUGACUUCUGCUUUGAUUUUGGGAGUUCCUGGUAGUCUGCCUUAUAACAAAAAUCAUGCUGCUAAUUCCACCUGGAGUUAUUUCAAGCUGUAUAAUCAGAGUAGUCAAUGUGGUGCCAUCCAGAUAAUGUUGGACUCCAACUUCUAUGAGCCCUAGCUAGAACGGCCAAUGGCCUUAUAAUUUUAGGAAGGAAUAGGAUGAGGUUCUGGGACCAGUCCUAAUCUGGAUGUGUUUUCUUUGUCUUUGCACCUCUUCCAUCUUUGGAAGUGCAUGCAAUCACUUGAGGGCAGCCUGUGGAAGUGGGCUGGUUUCUUUAUCACAGUUUUGUGCAGUUUCUGGCUCCACACAGUGAUGGCACGGAAAGCCCUUGUCAGGUUGGGCUGCCAUGCUGCACUGUUGGUGUUCACCAUGCCCAUAUAAUGGGGGAGGUAAUUCCCUCAUGCAUGCAUAAGAUUUGGACCCAUCCAUGGAGACUGUUGUGUGUGGUUGUGACUCAGAUUCUCCCUUUGCUGCUCAGGCUCCUGGACACUCCAUGCUGCUUAUGUGAACCCUUUGCACUUGCAGGUCACUUGCCAGAAAUUGGGGAGGGGGAAAGAAUAUGGAUGCCUCUGAAAUCUGGGCACUUGUCAGCUGUUUUUAUGAUUAGGUUUUCCGUGAAGAGAAGGGAGAAUAGGAAAAACCUAAACUGACAUAAUCAGUGUUGUCCUCGUGGUGGGUGACCGACCUUUUGACUAGAGGGAAGGGAAAUGCAUCCACUGAAACCUUAAAUAUGAGCACUUUCUAUUUGUCUUGCCUGAAUUGUCCCUGUUGCAUCUGGACUAGAUGAGGCCAGUGCCUCCCAUCCUGGCUGGUCUUUCUGAGAAGGCAGGAAUAUUCUAUUGCCUAGAGCCAGGUGUUUAAAUAUGGGAGGCUUUUAAACAAGGGUGAAUUUCUGCAUGCCUAUAACCAGACUAGCUUCAGUCACUGCCUAAUGGAUUUAAAGUAUCUUAAGUUUAAGUUGUGGCAAACUGACAACAGGAUUUUUAUAUAAAUUGGCCAUCUAAUGUGGGAUUGUCCCUUGUAACCUAAGCCUUGCCAUUGUAGCUGGGACAGGAGGCUCCUUUUCUGCAAGUCAUUUUGUUACAUGCCUGAAUCUUUUUUUUGUGGUUGCUAAGAGGGUUUUUCAUGUUGUUCCAUAAACACCUGAGAGUCUGCCUGGGGCCAUUGCCAUUACUAACAUUUUUAAAAGAGUGCUGUUUGAGUACUGUGUUGAAGCCUGGGGGAGGACUGUAGCUCAGUGGUAAUUUGCCUUGGAUGGAGAAGGUCCCAGGUUCAACCUCCAGCAUCUCCAGAUAGGGCUGGGAGAGUUGCUUUAGUGUAGACAGUAUUGAGAUGGACCCAAUGGUCUGGCUCAGUAGACGGCAGGUUCUUAUGUUUCUCUGUGGAAUUUCAAGUGUAUGAAAGAGAUUAACCCUAAGAAUUGUUUGGCAGUCAAGUAUGCUCUGACAACAGCGUGCACACGCACACAUAACAGAUGUGGCAAAUGAGAUGUUCUGCCCUUUCACUCUGCCAGAGAGUCUUCUGGCACUUAUAAGACUAACAAAUUUCUUGUGGAAUAAAGCUUGUGGAGAUUUGGGGGUGGUGGUGUCACACGUCUUGUUACUGAGUAGGUUCACAGUUUGGAGCGUCAUUAGAUGUGGCCCUGAUGUUGGUGCCUAAGUGAAGAUACUUAAGAGAUCACCACUGGAUUGUCGCUUGUUUCUGGGUGAAGUUCAAGAUGCUGCUGUUCCUUUUUUUUUAACCCUAACCCUCUAAAGGGCACCUGAAGGACUUCUGCUUCCUCCCAUAUGAACCUGCCUGUUCACCGAGACUGCUGUCUUGAAGUCCAGCUCCAGGUGGUGAUUUGGGAUGGGGCCUUCUCUGUGCUGGUGCCUUGCUUGUGCAACACCUUUCUAAGGGAAGCACACCCAAGAUCCACUUAAAAAAAACCCUUAUAGGUAAAAAGUAAGAACUUCUUGUUUUCCCCAAAUCUGCACAUUAUUUCCUCUUUUACUACUGCUCCUGCUGCUCUUGACUGCUUAGAUUGUAUUGUGCUUCUGAACUGACUUAUUUUAUUCUAGACUGUAAGCUGCCCAGUAGUCCUUGAGGUGGAGCACAAAUGGUUUAAGUGAAUAAAGAACAAAUAUUAAAUCUA